AUGGACCCCACGGACGCCCGGCACUAUGCCGUCGAGCAACAGGUACAGACUCCCCGGAAAUGGGGCAUGGCCCGACAUACAAUGGGAAUCAUACUGUUGAUGUGUGUGGUAUUUCUCUGGACAGCAUCGAACUUCCUGGCUAGUAAUAUCCUCGCAGACGACAGCUACUCGCACCCGUUUUUCAUCACAUACAUCAACACGUCCUUCUUCGUGGUAUUCCUGAUAAUUGUGAUUGUACGACGAGUUUUCCGCAUGUGGCGCAGAGGCAAAUUGUCACAAGUAAAGUCGUUCAAAUCUUUCUUCACAUAUCUCGAUCUACAUGGGAUGAAAGAGCCGCCUUCUUAUGCGCGAGAGACGGGACCAACGCUAGACGAAGACGAGAAUGACGAAUUUAGCGAAGCGGACAAUCAACGAGAGCGGUUGUUGAGUAGUUACGCACAUGAUCCCGAGCUGGCGCCGCCAUCACCUACUUUUUUGAAUAAUGAAGCAACAGAAAGAUCAUCAGCUGGGAAAUUAGGGCUAGGCCAGACUGCGCGCUUGGCCGCGCAGUUCUGUAUGCUCUGGUUUCUGGCAAACUACUUCGCCAUUGCGUGUCUGCAAUUCACGACCGUGGGCAGCACGACGAUAUUAACCUCGACAAGUGGGGUGUGGACAUUGAUUUUCGGCGCUCUGAUCCGUGUCGAGAGAUUCACCCUCCGCAAGGCAUUGGGCGUUUUGGCGUCGUUGAUUGGAGUCAUUCUCAUUUCGCGCGUGGAUUUAUCGUCUUCGUCAUCGACUACUCCAGAUGAUGUCCCACCGUCUGAUGGCGGUGAUGACCCUUACUCAAGCAAAACGCCUGCUGAAAUUGCUCUCGGCGAUGCAAUGGCCGCUCUAAGCGCGAUUGUGUACGGCAUCUACACGAUCGUUAUGAAAAAGCAAGUCGGCGACGAAUCACGCGUCAACAUGCAACUCUUUUUCGGGUUGGUGGGAUUGUUUAAUGUGUUUUUGCUCUGGCCUGGAUUUGUUCUGCUGCACGUUCUGGAUAUUGAGAGAUUCUCAUUCCCGAGCGAGAAUCGGAUUUGGGUUAUUAUCCUCAUCAACUCGAUUUCUUCUCUCAUUUCAGAUAUAUGCUGGGCUUACGCAAUGCUUCUCACAACCCCGCUCGUCGUAACAGUUGGUCUCAGUCUGACCAUCCCGCUAUCCCUUGUCGGCCAAAUCAUCCUGCAGGGCCAAUAUGCUGGCGUGUUGUAUUGGAUUGGCGCGACGAUUGUGUUUGCGUCGUUUCUGAUUGUGAAUCAGGAGAGUAAAGAGGAUGAAGAAUUGGAACAGGAGCAGCUGCAGCGGGAAGAUCUGAGGGGUUCUGCGCUGCUGUCGAGGGGUGAGAAUGAAGAUUAA